AUGAUCAUUGUGAAAAACAAGAUCCUACGACAUGCAGAACUUGUCCCGUCUGCUUUGCAAUUCCGUCUGGGCAGCGCCAAGGGCGUCUUAGUUCUGGAUCCUAACCUGACAGGGAAGACGUUGACCCUUCGCCCGUCGCAGGUAAAAUUUGACUCUGAAAACGUGCGGAGCUUGGACAUAAUAACUACCUCGACGAAGCCUAUCUACUGUUAUAUCAACCGACCAUUGAUCGCCCUCCUAGAGCACCACGAAGUCCCAAACGAGAGCUACCUAGAAUUUCUCUUCCGUAAUCUGUCCAGGAUUCUAGAUGUGGAGCUUUCUGAACAUUCUAUCUUGGACUCAUGCGUACGCUAUGACUUACUGACGACAGCCAUUGCCUAUGCAUCGGCAUAUAUAUUGAGAGGAAUCAAGCAUCAUGCACGCAUUCGAAUACCCGGGUCAUACACUCUGAUUGGUGUAUCAGACGAGUGGGGUUGCCUUAAGGAAGGCGAGACCUAUGCCACAAUCUUCGAUCCACGCACAAACGAACGCGUAGCUGUUGAAGGACGUGUUCUCAUCACGCGGAGCCCUCAAAUUCAUCCAGGAGAGGUCCAGUUUGCUACGGCAGUGCGAAGGCCGGAAUUGAAACACCUAACCAACGUGGUUGUAUUUUCAUGCAGGGGAGACAGAAGUUUGCCAUCUUGUCUUGGAGGAGGCGAUCUCGACGGUGAUAUCUACAACAUUAUCCUUGUUAAAUCUCUACACCCUCCCAAGGCUUUCACAGCAGAAACUGGAGCAUACAAGUCGCUGGCCCCCGAUAUCAGACAGAAGCCAUGCGGUAAAGCUGAAGUUGCAGAUCUUGUCAAUUUUGUCAGACCCCUUUUCCGAUCUAUUGGAUACAUCUGCACGCUUCACCUGAGAAUCUCUGAUCUGAAAGGCCUUGAUUGUGACGAGUGCCUGCUUCUGGUUGAGAAGGCUUCUCAUGCUGUCGACUACCCGAAGGUCGGAACUCCUGUCAGUCUGGCGAGUCUUCCCUCGCCUACGGAUAGGCAUCGAAGACCUGAUUACCUGUUCGGUGAGGGUGUUAGCCCCAAUGAAGGACGGGGAUAUUAUACUAGCAGGAAGAUAUUCGGGAUACUCUAUCGCAGUGUACCUGUUGAUGAGUAUCACCCAUGCAAAGACGAAACGGGCAUCAUUGACCACAAGCUAUUAGAUGAUUUGCUGAGGCUUCACCUUUAUAUGGCCGACGAUUUGAAUGUGGAUCCUGAUGAAGAACUACUAGAAGAAAUGCGCCACGUCUUGGAUGAAUACUGCCAGCAAUUAUUGUCGAUAGCCAAAGCGUAUACCGUUUCCAAAGGGUCGGCAGCUCGUCUCUCUGAAUCUGAACUCGUCUGUGGGUGUAUUAUAGAAUGGUACAUAGACCACGGGAAGCGCAUGGAGACCACCAAGUCAAUGAACCUUUAG